AGUGAAGUACCCUUUAGACCUCCAUUUUCUUUUUGCUGUGUGAACGGAUAUCUAAUUUUUGGUAAAAUUCCCUGAGAAAAAGUGUCGUGCGGUGUUGGAAAAAGGCGUAAAAUUGUUCUUGGAUGGGUGUUGAUGAAAGUGCGUGGUGAAAAUGCAGAAUGUAGGACCGUCUGAUGGGUUAAAACGCGAAAGUAAAGUGAGUGUUAGAGGCAGCACGGGAAGGAAUAAAAUGUCGACACCAUCGAACAAAUUCACAAGUAACACAUCAAGUCCAACGAAAUCGGAUACAGAAACGUUCCCCGAGUUCCAGCCACGGGUCACAGACUCAUCGGAAAGUGAUGAGGAGUCUGUCUCUGAGAUUUUGCUGGCAUGCUUGUGUCUAAGGCCAGACUUAUUGGUUGACUCCUUUCCGCUGGACCAGAAUGAUUUGGUCGAGAUACAAGGAUCAUGCUCAGAUAGCUGUGAGAAUGACGACAAUGAAGAUGAUGAGGAGGAUGAUGAAGACGACGAGGAGGAUGAAGAGGCCGACGUUCAUAUAAAUGAUGGUCGACCUAAAUACUUAUUAGAAUGUGAUGAUCGGGACUCUGAUCAGGGUCAGCAUGACACCAAGGCUCGCUUAGAGGCACUUCUAGAAGCUGCAGAUGAAGCUGCCCAAGCUUUGAAUAGAAUGCGAUCUGAUAGCAGUCCACGUGACAAAAAAAUUCUUCGUGGUUUCAGUUUACUCUCACGUUCCUUAAUUGCUGCCUGCACCGAUAAUGAUGUCAAUGCGGUACGUCGUCUUCUUGGCGAGGGAAAUAGUACAAUCAACGAGGGCACUGAUGAUGGCGAAUCUUUACUUUCUCUGGCAUGUUCUGCUGGAUACUACGAGCUUGCGCAGGUCCUGCUAGCUAUGUCAGCUCAAGUGGAAGAUCGCGGACAGAAGAAUGAUUGUACGCCACUAAUGGAGGCAGCAUCAGCUGGUCACGUUGAUAUCAUCAAACUAUUGAUAAGUCAUGGCGCCGAUGUGAACGCCCAAUCAUCAACUGUAACUCCAAUAGGUAACACACCACUCAUGUAUGCAUGUGCCGGUGGUCAUGUGGCCGCCGUUCAAGAACUUCUAGCGAAUGGUGCCAAUGUUGAGGAUCACAAUGAGAAUGGGCACACACCACUCAUGGAGGCUGCAUCUGCUGGGCAUGUUGAAGUGGCCAAGAUCCUUCUUGACCAUGGCGCCGGUAUUAAUACCCAUUCGAAUGAGUUCAAGGAAAGUGCUCUUACGCUUGCCUGCUACAAAGGGCACCUCGAUAUGGUGCGCUUCCUGUUGGAGGCUGGAGCAGAUCAGGAGCAUAAGACGGAUGAAAUGCAUACGGCCCUCAUGGAGGCAUCAAUGGAUGGGCAUGUUGAAGUGGCGCGUCUCCUUCUCGAUUCAGGGGCUCAAGUGAAUAUGCCAACGGAUUCCUUUGAAUCACCACUUACCCUUGCCGCAUGCGGUGGUCAUGUUGAUCUUGCAAUGUUGCUCAUUGAGCGUGGUGCCAAUAUUGAGGAGGUGAACGAUGAGGGGUACACACCACUCAUGGAAGCAGCACGAGAGGGGCAUGAGGAGAUGGUUGCAUUGCUUCUGUCGCAAGGUGCAAACAUCAAUGCCCAAACUGAGGAAACUCAAGAGACGGCACUGACACUUGCGUGUUGCGGUGGAUUUCUAGAAGUGGCUGAUUACCUGAUUAAAAAUGGUGCAGACAUUGAAUUGGGUGCAUCAACACCACUCAUGGAGGCUGCCCAGGAGGGUCAUCUGGAUCUCGUGAAGUUCCUGCUUGAGAAUAAUGCGGAUGUACAUGCGCAGACACAAACGGGCGACACAGCACUCACGUAUGCGUGCGAGAAUGGGCAUACGGAAGUUGCGGAGGUGCUGCUGUACUAUCGGGCUGAAUUGGAGCAUGAAUCAGAGGGGGGACGUACCCCAUUGAUGAAGGCAUGCCGUGCUGGUCACAUUUGCACCGUAAAAUUUCUCAUUGCAAAAGGAGCCGAUGUGAAUCGACAGACAACCAAUAAUGAUCACACCCCGUUGUCCCUUGCAUGUGCUGGUGGGCAUCAAGCUGUUGUGGAAUUACUCCUGAAGAGUGGAGCUGAUCCCUUCUAUAAGCUCAAGGAUAACAGCACAAUGUUGAUUGAGGCUGCCAAGGGUGGUCACAUUGGGGUUGUGCAAUUGCUCCUUGAUUACCCACAUUCAAUGAGUAAUGCCAAUCAAAUGCCCCAAACACCAACGGAUGUGAUUACGAAUAGUCAGCUGAUGAUAUAUGCGGAGCAACAGCAGAAGUUGCAGAAGCAACUACCGCAACCAAUUCAACCGAUUGUUUUGCACCAGCCGAAGCAGCAGGGGGCACAGCAGUCCACGCAGCAGACUCAUCUUGCGCAGAAUCAGCAACUUGUCACCGCACCACCGGGUCUUCAUGAUGUCCCAGAGGCAAUUCGGGUGUCGAAUCAUCAAAUUCUGCAUCAGCAGCAGCUCCAGGGGAAGGAUGAUGGGCAACAGCAGCAGCAGCAGAUGAUGGCAGCAGCUGCCGAUGUGGCGGGAACGAAUGUUAUCCUGGAUAGUGUAAAGGGUGGCUUAACAGCACCGCAGACGGAUUCAAUUCUCGCCCAGAUGCGCAUGUUCCAGAUGCAGGCGGGCUUUACGGAUGGUCUGGCACAGGGGCUGGCUCUUGCACAGCCGAGUGUUGUUAACCAAAUUGUGGGGAAUGUUGUUGAUGGCAAUCAACAGAUGCAGCAGCAGCAGCAUAUUGCACCACAGCCACCGAAUAACGUUGCAAGUGGCAAUCAACAGAUAACUGCCAAACAGAAGGGGCUCUCUCGCAAGGGGAGACCCUCCGUUAUACCUUAUGAUUCCAAUUUGACUACAUCGGAGGCUCAGCAGGUUCGCUCCCAACCUCUGGGUGAGGAUGAGAACUCCAUUUAUGUGACAACUAAUCUACCGACUGCUGAGAAGAAGAUUCUUGAGGAAUUCCACAAGAACACGAAUCUUCAGGUACUUUGCGAGGGAGGCGUACCAUCGACACUUUUGCCAAGUUCUGCAUACGUAGACAUAACAACACCAUCAGCUCAAGAAAUCAAUAUAGGCAUGUUAUGUGGUGCCAGCGGCAUUAGUCUCACAUCUGGGACCCCAAUAUUGGGCCGAAUGCCCGCCGGGGGCCCAAUUCAGUCUGCCGCAGUAGCCACCUUUGUUGCAGGUGGGAAAGCAACGGAUAAUAAUACGUUCCUCAUCACGACGAGUUCCUUUCCGACAUCAAUCAAUCAAAGCGUAACAACAACAACUGCGACGAGUGGAACAUCAGCGCAAGCAUCAACAGCAGCUAUUCCAUCCACAACAACGUCAACACAGAUAAUUGCACCGUCGGAAGUGUCGCAGAAUACGGCGAUUAGUGAUCGGCCAAAGGUGAAACCCGUCUCCAAGAAGGAUGGUAAAGGCAACAUCCGCAAGAGUGGAUCGGUUCUGCAACAGAAUCAAAUGGUGUCUAUCUACAACAAUUUGCCUGUGAUUCCAUCGUCGGAGCAAAAUCUUCAGCUGCUGCAGCAAUCACUCGCAACGCUUAGUCUGGCGCAGCAGCAGCAGCAACAGCAACAACCGGGAGCACCACAAACUCUAAUCCAGCAACAACUAGCCAACAUAACGCAGAAUAUUCAACAAAUUUCGCAUCUGCAGUCGGUUAAUCGUCAAAUGCCCCCAUCGUCGCCGGGAAAGCAACCAAUUCCACCAAAUCUCGUACCGGCAACCUCAUCCACUCUACCCGUAAGUGGGGACUGCGGGACGGAAUCAACGUCCACACUAACGAGCAUUACGCAGAAUUUGAAUAACCAAAAUAUCCUGGGGACGAGUGAAAGUGAUGAACAGCUGAAUUCGCAGUGGAAUCAGAAGAUGUGGCAAAUGGUGGCUCAAUUGCCGAAUCAUCCGCUACAGAAGAUUGCUCAGCGUUUCAUUGCUGAUCAAUUGAAGAGUCCCACGGAGAAUCAAUUGACAGGUGGAUCGGGAAGUGGUGCAAACUGUGGACUGCCAACAUCACCCAAUAAUUCGUCAAAGAAUAUUGCAAACAACAAUGACUAUUCUGUCAUUUCUCGUAUGAUGUCCGAAGUAAUGCAUGAUAUAAGUUCGGAUUUAAAUCCAGAAUUUGUUCAGCAACAUCCGCAACAGGAUGAUAGUAUGAUGCACCCAAAAUCUGUGCAUGUUAAUCAACAAUUCUUGCUGCAGCAGAAUGAUGGUCAACAAAUUGAGCAAGGUGAUUCCGAGGAUCAUCUGCAUAUGUUUUCAGUGGAUGAUAGUGAUGCUGAGACAAUUGGUGAUUGUGAAAUCUAUCCAGCUCUCGAUGAAUCCCUGGAGUCGCUAAAUGUGGAUGAUGUGACGAAUGUUGCCACCGUUACCACAAUCGAUGGCUCAAAGGAGUCCAUCUGUAACUACGAAUGGGCUGAUUAUAUUGAUGAUGCCAUCAAUGCUUUACACAGUGGUACCGAUAUACCCGUCGCUAUUCAGCAGGAAAUGGCUGCGAAUUUGAAUUGCCCAGAUUUAGCUGAUGCCUAUGCAAUGGGUAACCUCAUGGGUAUCAGUAGUUUCUGUAAGACACACUGGGGUAAUCAGUGGGCUCCUGCUGGUCAACCAAUUGAACAGCCAUCCACGAGCCAGUCAAUGGUUAGCGAUGAUCAUCGAAAUCAAAUAAUGACGUUCGAUCAUCAGCUACAUCAACAAAUUCAGCAGCAAUUAUCUGUUGAACAAUUGCAACUCUUGACUCAACUUCAAAAUCAACAAAAUCAAUCUCUAUCCAUGAUUCCAACAUCAUCAAUUGAUCAACAACAUCUCUCAAAUAAUAUAACAUCUCUCGCAUCGUCCCUUGCCCUCGCCCAGCAACCGGGGCAGGUGCAGCAGUCGCAGUUAAUGACACAACUGCCGGCAACAUUGGAUCUGCAGCAGCAACAAAAUUUGUCUGGUGAUGCCCAACAGCAGACAAAGUUUGUCUUCAAUGUUGACAUUGAGAAGCAAUCGCCGGCACUGCAGUUGCUGUUCCAAAUGCCACCGCAACAGCAGCAGCAGCAGCAGCAACAGCAAAUGCAACAAGCAGCUGGGUCAACCAUCAUUUCCAGCCCAAUUCAGCAACAAUUUCAGCAGCAACAGCAGCAAAUCAUUGCGUCGCAAAUUGCCCAAACGCAGACGAGUGGUUUGCUAAGUGGACAGGGUGUUGAUCUUCAGCAAUCCAUCCAACAGGUCCAGCUGCCGUCGAAUUUAACAAUUUUGCAACCACAUCAAAUACUUUCAAAGGCCCAACAAAUGCAGAAUUGUUCUCAAAGCUCACAAGCUGUUGCAACGCAAACCCAACAAUUGCCGUCGGGUGCAUCAAUGACAGCUGUUACGGCAUUAGCCCAACAACAUCAGCAAAAUCUCAACAAUAUCAUCCCAAGCCCCACACUUGAGGGUACAGUGCAAACACCAACAUCAGCGGUACCGGCGGUGGCAUCGUCCGUUGCCAUCUCAACUGCUGUGAAAACGAAUGGAAUUGUUGCGGGUGGAGGUAAGAAAGGAUCUGAUAAAACAUCUCGCAAGGAGAGCAAACGGUAUUCGGUAGCAAGACAAGCUCCUGCCGGUAGUCAAGUAGGAUUUAAUUUUGACGCUUCAGGUGCAGCAGCACAGCAACAGCAACAACAGUGCGCUGUACAGGGAGCAAGUCCACCGGAUAAGACGAUUGAUGUGGAUUCAGAGACAGAUUCAAAUCACGAUACAGCCCUUACGCUGGCAUGUGCUGGAGGGCAUGAGGAUUUGGUGGAAUUGCUGAUAAGUCGGGGUGCAAAUAUUGAGCAUAGAGACAAGAAGGGGUUCACACCGCUCAUCCUUGCGGCAACGGCGGGUCAUGAUAAAGUUGUUGAGGCACUGCUUAAGUACGGAGCGGAGAUGGAGGCACAGUCGGAGAGGACAAAGGAUACUCCACUGUCGCUUGCCUGCUCUGGCGGGAGGUACGAAGUUGUGGAACUUCUACUUAAUAUUGGGGCGAAUAAGGAGCACCGAAAUGUGUCUGAUUAUACGCCACUGAGUCUUGCCGCAAGUGGGGGGUAUGUGAAUAUAAUAAAACUACUCCUGAGUCAUGGUGCGGAGAUAAAUUCGCGCACUGGCAGCAAAUUGGGGAUCUCCCCGCUAAUGCUGGCCGCAAUGAAUGGACAUACUCAAGCUGUGAAACUCCUCCUUGAUAUGGGUUCCGAUAUAAAUGCCCAAAUUGAGACAAAUCGCAACACUGCCCUGACGCUGGCGUGCUUCCAGGGGCGCCAUGAAGUGGUGAAUUUGCUGUUGGAACGUAAAGCAAAUGUUGAGCAUCGCGCAAAGACGGGCCUCACGCCACUCAUGGAGGCAGCAAGUGGGGGCUACAUCGAUGUGGGACGCGUGCUGCUGGACAAGGGGGCCGAUGUGAAUGCUGCUCCUGUUCCAUCCUCCCGAGAUACAGCUCUCACAAUUGCCGCCGAUAAGGGACAUGUGAAGUUUGUGGAACUUCUCCUGUACCGCGGUGCAGCUGUGGAGGUGAAGAACAAGAAAGGUAAUUCCCCCCUAUGGCUAGCUGCAAAUGGUGGGCACUUGGCAGUUGUUGAGAUCCUCUAUGCACACGACGCUGACAUUGAUUCACAAGAUAAUCGCAAAGUCUCCUGCCUCAUGGCAGCAUUCCGCAAGGGGCACACAAAGGUUGUCAAAUGGAUGGUGAACCAUGUCACGCAAUUCCCAUCUGAUCAGGAAAUGACGCGAUAUAUUUCGACUGUGAGUGAUAAGGAGUUGCUGGAUAAAUGUCAUGAAUGUGUCAAGGUCAUCCGGGCGGCAAAGGAAGCGCAGGCAGUGAAGGCAAAUAAGAAUGCCUCAAUUCUCCUCGAGGAAUUGGAUAUGGAGAAGAAUCGGGAGGAGAGUCGAAAGGCAGCUGCUGCGAGGAGGCGUGAGCGGAAGAAGAAGAAGAAGCUGGAGAAGAAGGAGGAAAAGAGAAAGCUCAAUGAACCCAAGAAUGCCCAGGAUGAUAAGGAUGAUGAUAAAGAUGACGAGAGUGAUGGGGAGAAGGAUGAAUCAAGCCCUGAGAAUGUUCCGCCACACGAUAAGGAGGAAGGAGAUUCGGGAAUUGAUGCCAAUAGCCAAGGGUCGUGCUCAAGUGCCGAUGUAAAGUCGAGCAAUCUCAUGGAGAAGCAGAGUAAGUUGACGAAGGCGAAGAAGAGGAAGGAAAAAACGGCAACUGUUCAGCCGCAACCGUCAACGUCACAACCGCAAAUUGUGCGAUCAAAGAGCCCACCUCCCAAUCCCAUUGAUUUGGUGGUGAAGAACAAGCGAGAAGAGAGUGUGAUUAAGAGUACGAAGAAUCCCAAGGAUGUGGCGAGAGAAAUGCGUGAGCAGAGGGAUGCAAAGAGGGAGAUUAAGCAGGAAGGACGACGUGAGGAGAUCAAAAUGCCCGAGCAGGCGGCAAAGAGAUCAGUUGAGAAGGAGAAUCUUGCACCACGUGAGGAGUUCAGAUCGAAGAAUCAGCGAGGAGAGAAGAAAUCUGAGUAUGCUAGUAGUUUAGCGGCAAGUCGUGAGAGUGGUGGAGCGCAGAAAAGUGCAUCCCAACCGAUUCAGCCGAAUGGAGCUGAUGGGGCGUCCGGAAGUCGCAAAGUUGUCUACUUCCCGCGACAUUUGUCCGAUCAUGAGAUAAUUGAGUCAACAUCAUCGUCAUAUAGCAUGAAGAGUGGCAAGAAUUCCUCCAAGAGUCAUUCCCAUGAUGAUUCAUCGAAGAAUUCCAGCAGCAUGAAACAAGCGGGGAAACGCGAAGAAGGUUGGAAGGAGGUGGUUCGCAAGAGUUCCGUGCAACAGCAGGUGUCAUCACUGAGUGAGCCGAGUUGCAAGAAGAUUGCCGUACCGACGCAUGCUAUAUCACGCGUUAUCGGACGCGGUGGGAGCAAUAUAAAUGCAAUAAGAGCUGCCACCGGUGCUCAUAUUGAAGUUGAGAAGCAGAGCAAAUCCCAAUGUGAUCGAUGGAUCACAAUAAAGGGAUCAGCGGAUGCAACAAGACAAGCGCACUCUCUCAUUGGGACCCUCAUAAAGGAUCCCGAUGUUGAUAUUCUGCAAAUUCUGCAGAAGGUCAAUUCGAAUGUGAAACCCGUUCCACCGUCCCCAUCAAUUGGUCCGAUUGGAUACUGGGGCGAGAAACCACCGACUACAACGGCAUCGAGCAGCUACACCGCUUCCACAUCUAUCGCUACAACGUCGUCGAGUGCAGUUCAGAUUAAGACAACGAGUAUGGCGAAGCAACAGAUUGCCAACUCAUCAAAGCAGAUUCCCGCGAGUGCUGCCUCCUCGGUUGUUACCACAAAGAUAAUGUCCUCAUCGGCAUCGACGGCAAAUACUUCGCGUACUGCUCAAUCGAAGGUGUAUCAGUCGAGUCAUCAGCAGAGUCGAUCUGGUGGUGCUAUCUCCAGCAAUGCCGGGAAUACAUCGCGUUCCAAUCCCGAAAUUCUCAAACGUCCCGUCGUCUCGAGCGCCGUGAGUGUCUCCAGCGGUAGCAAUACCACAAAGACCACCAUGUCCUUCACGGGGGCCAUUAUGUCGCUCAAAUCGACGACAACGAAGAACAUAACACCAGCUAUGAGUAUGUCCGGGCCACCGGGAACAUUUGCCUCGAAACUCCUGACGAGCCAGGCGAGUGAUGCUAAGAAGGUCAUGACAUCCAGCGUGACAACAAUUGUCACAUCAACAUCAACUCUCAUGGCGAGUAGUGCGGCCCAGCAAUCAGCUGCCCCCGCCAGUGUUGUGCAAAUGAGUCCCAAGCACCACAGUGUGAGUGCCAAUAGUCAAAACCUGCCGGCACCGUUUGCCAAUACGCCGCAACAAGCACCGCCGAAUGUGGGUGUUAUUGGUUCGAAUGCAAAGCCACCGCCAUUCUCGCAGGCGACCAUUGAAACGGCCACAUCGAGCAUUGGCAAUGCAAAUGGACCACCGCGUUCCAUCACACCAAUUGGUCCGCCAAUAGCGAGGAAUGUAACACAAUCACCGCUUCUGCAGAAGCAACAAGCACUGCCUGUGUCGUCGUCCAUGUCAGACACGAGUCUCGCUGUGGGAUCAGCAAUACAUCAGAGUGGCAACACUGGUGCCGGUGGUAGCGGUAGUACGGCAAGUAGCAUUGCUGCGCAGCUUCAGACGAAGAUAAGUCAGCUGCACGGUGCCCAGGCGCAUGAGUAUUCGCUCUUCAAUGACAACUACGGGAGUCAGUGGGAGAGUAAGCAGAUGUACAACAAUGUUGCACCACUGCAGGCGGAUGCAUCCAAAGCACCUGGGUAUCGUGGGAAUACCGUCAGUAGUCCAGUUAGCAUAAAGACGAGCAGUCAAUCCAUCACACCACCAUCAACUGGGCACCAUCUCAGUGUGGCACCGUCAACGGGGAAUGCUGCUACGACUCUCAUCACCACCGCCACGGGUACUGCACAAUCGCAAACGUCGCAAAAUCUCUCCGGGGCUUCGGUUCAGGUGACACCGUCUGCUCAGGUGUACGAUCUAUCGCAGUCAGCUUCAAGCGGCGGUAGUGGUGUCUCCAUAAUUAAACCACCAACAACGCAGACAAUUCAACCACCACCGCCGUCAAAUUUGGCCGUGCAGCGUCCAAUUAUGAGCAACAUGUCACAAGUAAGCCAACACACAAAGAAUUUCCCUUCUUCACUCAAGAACAAUUCUCAAUCGAAUAAUUUUCUCAAGGUCCGACCUGUGGGCUCCCAGAUGGAUUCAUAUUCGAGUGGUGUACAAGCACCCGUUGGCAGUGGUGCAGGAGCACGUCAGAAUCUAUUUGACAACCUGCAGUCGCAAUCCUCGAUGAAUGCAAGUGGAACGAGCGGAAGUAGUGCAUCGUCGUCGCAGCAUAUGCUCAACUACAGCCAAAAUUCCGAUGCCAGCCACCCACCGCCGUUCCAGCAUCUCGGACUCGGUGCUGGGAAUCCCCUUCAUAUGUCGCGUCUCAAUCCCCGUGCCACGGUCUUUUCUUCGAUGCAGCAACAGCAGCAGCAGGCUCCGCCACAGCCGCAGCAACAAGUGUCGCAGGCAUCAAAGUCGACGCAGCAGCAACAGCAGCAGCAUCCGAAUCAAUUUGGGAAUAUCUUCCAGCAGAAUCAGGGCACAGCCGGUGGGGCACCUGGCGGGGGAAAUAGUGGCGGUGGCAGUAUGAGUGGGCAGUACAGCAAGAUGCCACCACUUGCAUCGUACAACCCAACACCAGGACGUCCUCAAUCGCAGCCACAGCCACAGACGCAGCAGCAGCAACCUGGGUCUCAGGGGCAGGUUAAUAACAAUGGACGCUGGUACGAUUUAUCCCAUCUGCCGUCACCGCGGGAGAUCCUCAACAUGGAGAAUGGAUUCACGCUCAAUUUGGGCUCACCGUCCUCCAUGUCUCCCAAUAAUCCACCCCAAGCCACGACAAAUGGUGUGCUGUCCAAUCAAACGGCGGACGAUAGUAGGAAGAUGCCGCGACCAAUUGGCACAGAACGUGCCAGCUGGAAGUACGGGUACAACUCGAAUGUUGUCACGCAGAAUCAACCGCCGCAAAUGCCAAUGGAGAUGGAUAAUUCGGGACAAAUGCACCCGUGGAUUGUCGAUAAGCAGCCAUGGAUGAUGCCCAUGCGCAAUCAAUAUGUUCCCACAGAUGACCUCCAUCCUCACGAUCAUUUUUCGCACAUGCAAUUGGACUACCAUCAUGCUGGAGGUGGAAAUGUUGGUCCUACACCGCAAAAUAUGAAUUUGAUGCAGUCCCUUCAAUACACACCCUUUAUGCCGCACUCUGCUGAUAUUGGGCAACUGCCAGAUAAAAUAGAAUCUUGGGAACCGGAAAAACAUGGCUGGAAAUGGACAAAUUGAGUUAGGAAUGCCGUGAAUUUCAUCAGAUAUUUACACAUAGUAUGAAGAAAGAAAAAAAACUUUUCACUAUAUUCCAUAGAAGAAAGUUAAAAAAAAGAAAUGAAAUAUUUCUCUCCCGAUUUAUUCAACAUACAUAAACACCUUUUUAAUUAUUUUGUUUCUCUUCACAUAAGAAUGAAAAAAAAAACUAUAAUCAACUUCUCACAGAAUGUUUGCUAAAAGAAUUUUAGGAGAUUGAAAACAAACAAAAAAACAAGAAUUUAAUUUAUAAAACCACAAUGAACUUGUCCUGUUUGUCAUGAUGUUCUUAAUAAUACAAAAAAAUAUCGUAUUGAAGUUUAUACUUAAAAUGUUUUCUGCUGGAAGACUUGAAAGAAAAAAAAAUAUAUUGAAAAAGAAAAAUGCA